GAUCCAGGGCGGCCGUGUAGGGGAGAUAGCGAGAUCCUAGCUCCGCGCUUCUAGGUUUGUGGCAGCGAUUUCGAUACGGCAUUGGGAUAGAGUGAUGGAUUUGCCGUGCGCGAGCCGGGAUUUCGCAAUGGCCGAGUGACGGCGCGCAGAUCUUGGCCAGGAAUCUCAGGCGGAUCUUGGCCAGGAAUCUCAGCCAGAUCUUGGCCAGUGGAAUCGGCAGCGCGCGAUGGAAGAUCAUCGGCUGCCUACGAAGAUCGCGAAAUGGAUCUUCAAGCACGGCCAGUGCAACGGGUCGGCUGUGGUGUCGCCAUUGCCAGUAGAUGGGAAUUCCGGGGAAGAGCUGAGUCGCCGGGCUCGCAGAAGGCUUGGCAAGCGAGGCGAGGAGAAGCUUAUAGGGAUCCUUGGAGCUGAGAAUCACGAAGAACGGCGGCAAAUCAGAGCUUUCUUGGCGCAGCAGCGCGUUAGAGACGAUGAUAUGGACACAACCGAUGAGAGCUCCGAGUUUGAUCGGCUAGAGCGGAGAAGCCCGCUCCAUGCUGCCUUCAGGCCUAGAGCUCCAGUCAGAAGCGGUGGAACUACUCCUCCUCGAUUUUCCAGGCCAGCUUUCCAGCGUCAAGAAGGUUUCUCCAGUGCCACUACUAGCAGCAGCUAUACAAGGAGUGACUUGUCGAGUGUUCUUCAGUACGAGAGAACGCCGCCAUUGUCACCCUCGAGCGUCUACUCGGGUCAGUCAUCUUCGCCUUCUUCUUACCAACAUCACAGCCGAGAAAGAGUCCGUGGCAGCCAUCUCCAAUCGCUUUUGUGUCCUCGGCCACUUCCUCUAUAUCCUUCGAACCAGCGGCAGCAGUUCCAUCAUUCCAGGGGGUAUCCAGGGACUCCCAGGAACGUCUUCACGAACCACCUUUACUCUCCAGUUGGUACUGCUGGCUCUGACGAGGAAGGGAUUUUUGCAAGGGCGUACCAAGAUCCUCCGAGGCGUUCUGACGAGGAAGGGAUUUUUGCAAGGGCGUACCAAGAUCCUCCGAGGCGUUCUUUCACUCAACCAGCCAGGCCAUCGGUGACUUUCGGAUUCUCGGAGCCCCAGUCUCCCUACAUGUCUCCUCGGAUGAACAUGACGCAUCAGUCUCCAUAUCCGGCUUACUGUCCCUCACCUCGACCGAAAGUCGUCCUCUGCGAGAAGCUCGGCUGUGGUUCUUACUCGGUCGUCUACAGAGGAGAAAACACACAAACGGGCCAACAAGUCGCAGUGAAGGUUCUCCAUGACGACGAAAGGUUAUCACCAAAGGAAGUUUCUGUUCUAAGUCGGCUUGAUCACGAGCACAUUGUCAAGUACAUCGGGACCACGACACUGGGAGACGGCAGAGCUGGCAUUCUGCUAGAACUCAUGAAGUGCUCGCUCGCAUCGGUGAUAAAGGAGUCGAAUGGACUGGACGAAAGUAAACUUCGUGUUUACACGCGACAAAUUCUCAGUGGACUGGAGUAUCUCCAUCGCAUGAACAUCGUUCACAGGGAUGUCAAGUGUGGAAAUAUUUUACUGGACCCCAACGGGAAAGCCAAGCUCGCAGAUUUUGGUCUUGCAAAGAAGAUUGAUUAUUCGGUUGCAAAGUCGUGCAAGGGAACUUUUGUUUACAUGGCUCCAGAGGUUCUCUUGACAGAAGGAACCUACGGUCUCGCCGCGGACGUGUGGAGCUUGGGAUGCACAGUGAUCGAAAUGGCGUGUGGAAAGCCGCCGUGGAGCGGUUUCGGGAUGAUGCCAUUCUACGAGAGAAUGAGAGACGGCUGCUCCCCACCGAUUCCUCCCAAGAUGAGCACCGAGGCCGUGAGUUUCAUCAACCUCUGCCUGACCAGAGACCCGAGACGAAGACCUAGCGCUGCGGCACUGCUAUCGCAUUCCUUCUUCCAAAAGUGUAAAAUAUGAAAUAAUAAAACCUCCAACUCCCUCAAAUUA